CCGCCCCGUCUGACGUUCAGCUUGCAACCAUGUCGGCGGCCGCGCGCAGACGUCAGGCUUCUGGCGUGAAGGGAGAAGCCCCCACCGCAGAAGCAGCAGCAGCAGCAGCAGCUCGCGGAGAUGAGGAGCCGGGCAUGGCGGCGGCGCCCAGCCUCACCGUCUGCCUCAAGCUGCUGGCGGCUGCCUUCUACGGCUUCAGCUCCUUCCUCAUCGUCGUGGUCAACAAGAGCGUCCUCACCAGCUACGGAUUUCCUUCCUCGCUGUGUGUGGGACUAGGCCAGAUGUUGGCUACGGUGGUUGUCCUCUGGGUGGGAAAGGCACUCAGGGUGGUGAAGUUUCCAGACUUCGACAGAAAUAUACCUCGAAAGACUUUUCCACUACCUCUCCUGUAUUUCGGGAACCAAAUCACAGGACUGUUCAGCACAAAGAAAUUGAACCUGCCAAUGUUUACAGUCCUGAGACGGUUUUCCAUUCUGUUUACAAUGUUUGCAGAAGGAAUUCUACUCAAGAAGAAAUUUUCUUGGAGAAUUCAGAUGACAGUAUUUGCAAUGAUAAUUGGUGCAUUUGUAGCUGCAAGUUCUGAUCUGGCAUUUGAUCUGGAAGGCUAUGUGUUUAUCUUGAUUAAUGAUGUCUUGACAGCUGCAAACGGUGCAUAUGUAAAACAGAAACUAGAUUCCAAGGAGCUGGGAAAAUACGGCCUUCUAUAUUACAAUGCACUGUUUAUGAUUCUCCCUACCUUGGCCAUUGCCUAUUUUACAGGAGAUGCGCAAAAGGCAAUGGAAUACAAAGGCUGGUCAGACAAACUUUUCCUUAUACAGUUUACACUGUCAUGUGUAAUGGGGUUUAUUUUGAUGUAUUCCACAGUACUUUGUACUCAGUAUAAUUCUGCCCUUACAACUACAAUAGUUGGUUGUAUUAAGAAUAUUUUAAUAACCUACAUAGGAAUGUUCUUCGGAGGGGAUUAUAUUUUCACUUGGACAAACUUUGUAGGGCUAAAUAUCAGUAUUGCUGGAAGCCUGGUGUAUUCUUACAUCACCUUUACAGAAGAGCAACUGAACAAGCAGUCUGAAGUUAGCAUCAAGAUGGACAUUAAAGGGAAAAGCUCUGUAUGACAAAAGGGUCACUUACCAACAGUAACUCUUGAUUUUCAGCCGUGAUUGCUGACAAAUUGCUAGGAUGUGCAGUAUCUCUGAAUAGAAUUGUAUGUGCAAAUGGAGAGUACCCAAUAUGAAGAUUGCUCGCUGCCUUUUAGAAUGAGAUAUUUAACUGAUAGCACAAAAUGUACAGCUGGUUAUUAACACUAGGCUGAAAGGAAUAAGGCUUAAACAGUCACAGCCUAUCUUGCACCAUCUGUGAAGACAAAUACUUCUAAUGCUCUAGUCUAUAGCUUUUAUAAUCUUGAGUGGAGCAAGAAAACGUGUCCUAAAUAUUUCAAAAUGAACUGAGGCUGUUGUGCUAAAAGGCCCAGUGUUGACUCAAUUCACUCAGCAUAAAAUAGCAAUCAAUUUCUCAUAGAAAUGAAGCAUAGAUUGUAGUAACUAAGGAUGCAAUUCAAAUCACUUAAAUCCCAAUGGAAACAACUUUUCGGCCCACAUUAAAGUAUUAUUAACUUCAGCAGUAUUUAUACCUAAGAGGCUUGUAAAGCACAGUAGUUAGGUGGGAUUUUCUUAUUCAAGAAAUGGCAAGAACAAAUGGAUUCUUUUGCAAGGAAUUAUUUUCAUAACAUUGUAAUGCCCCCAGUAUGAAUCCCCCUUCAAGCUCAGACUCAUCUGCAAAAAUGAAUCUAACUCUAAGCAAGUUAUAACUUAAAACAUUGCAACUAGGUAGCCAAAACUGUUGGGACUAAGUAGCUAAAGACAAUUCAGAUGUAAAAGAAUAUUGAACCAGUGCCAUACAAAUUCAGUUAUUUGUAAUUAUUAUAUUUAAUAAAGUUAUUUGUAAUAUUUGCAUUUUUGCCCACCUGGGUACUUCCACCCUGUGUAUCCAAGACUAACCAACUGACAGUAAAAAACUAUAAUAGUAUUGAUGCAGGUUGGAGAGGCCGAAACUCCCAAGUUCUAUUAGAAACAGUAUUUAACAGCAUUUUUCUUAAGAAAAAUGGUUAAGUUCCAAAAAUAAUUUGAAAAUACAUUUUUUUUUUAGAAAUUUAGAUGGAGAAAUUGAGGAACACAAGAUCUAUAAAUAUAUUCAAUAUAUUCUGUCAGUUAAAAACAGGAGAACUGCAGCUAAUCUCUCAGUGCCAGAGAUUUUAAAUGCCUUUAACCAAAAUGCAAAAUAGAAUUGGCUUUGCUAAUUAGGGAAGCAUCAGAUUAUAUAGGUAGAGAGAUCACCAACAAUUUUCAUCAGGUGUGGAAGAGAAAUUUCAAGAUCUGCGGCCAACAGAGGCACUUCAACAUAAAUAGGAACUUUGCUGCCUGCCCACACAUGCUAAUAACACUAAAGCCAGAUGAGGCAACAGCCAGCCUCUUCUCAGGAGCCAGAUGAAUGGGUUCUAAUCUAGACUCCAUGGUGACAAUUUUCAAGACAGUAGCUCAUUCAGAGGUUGUUUUCUUUAACUUUGGUUAAAGGGCAAGUCAACAAGACAACUUGCAUAAAACGAGUUCUGGGGAGAAGAUACAGAAAAUUCCACUAUAGUUUCUCUCUCUGCAUCAAGGAAAAGUGUCUUAAUAGAAAAAUCAUCCUAAACCACCAAAAACUUCUGCAUCCAAGCUGCAAACCUAGCUUGGAAGCUAGAAAUCUGAACCAGACUUUGGACCAGCAAAAACUAACACAUUCCAUAUACUUAACUUUACAUACCACUUCAUACAUUCAGGACUUGGUGUAUCAUGUUCCUUCAAGUGUCAUUUAGUAAAGCACAGUAUUUAAGGAACCUUGGCUACAGUUCUUAACCCCCACAUCCUAUCUACCUUUUAUCAAAUGGAGGUUGGUGAUGCAACUAAGACUAAUACUAGGAUUUACAUUUGCAGUACCAAAAGAAGCAAUUUAUUAGAUUGGUUUCUUUGGGUGUAGGUCAUCACCUGGUUGAUGACAUUUACCAAUGAUUUUUACAGUUUUUAAACUUCAGUACAUGUUUAUUUUCAGAGUAAAAGUGUCUAUUAAAUCCAGAUUCUGCACUUUAAAAAAGGUGAAUAAUGUGACAUUAAUUAUACAAUUACUAUUCUGUUUAGGGAGGUUUCAUUUGUUGAAGAAACAAAGAGCUAAACCAGGCGUUGAAGCCAAACCCCCAACAACUGGAAAUGUUCAGCCAGUAAACAGAUUUUUGAGAUUGUAGAGGACAAGGCCUGGUGCACUUUCAAGCAUGACUUGAAACAAGGGUGUGUAUUAUCUAAUGCAAUAUAAAAAUGGCCCAGGCUUGCACAUAAUAAAUCAUAGUUAAUUGUGUACUGUGAUUACACAGAUUGCUCAUCCUCUAGCACAGUAAACAGUGAUUCCUGGUUAGUGUUAAGCUCAUACCAGCAAUCCUGGUAAGCCAAGUCCAACACUCAAUGCUCUGCUUGGAUGUAAUGCAAAGCCAGGGUUUAUGAUUUGUUACUCCUUCCAAUGUAAGGGGAAGAGCGUUAACCAUUCAGACUAAAACAUACUGAUGUGUAAACACAACCUACAUAUAUGCACGCACAUAGAAUUGUAGAGUUGGAAGGGACCACAAGGAUCAUCUAGUCCAACCCCCUGCAAUGCAGGAAUCUUUUUGUCCAACAUGGGGCCUGAAGCCAUGACCCUCAGUCAAAUUACUGUUGCAAAGUUACAUAUUGUCUCUGGAAUCUGCAUCUGUUACCCUUUUCUCUGCUUCUAUGGCAUUGGUAUGCAUUCUGCCCUGUUCAGAACCUUUCAUGUUGCAGAACAUUGAGGAAAAAACCUUUAUAAACCUUAGUAAGUUUCUCGGUGUGUGAUGCCCUUUCCCAUCCAUUUCAAAAAACCCACCUUUCAAUGCUGUGAACAUGAACACGCCUUAUCCAAAAGGAAAAAUGCACAUGCUGCUGGCUACUGAGAAGAGACUUAAAAAGGAGGUAAAUUUUAACGGCAAGGCAGUUGCACACCAACAGCCCAAUAGCAUUUGGUCUAUUUUUGUUUCAGAAGAUUGUGUUAUGAAAGCCACUGUAAAGGGGGGGGGUUGUUAUUCCAUAAAGUCUACCUUCCUGUAUUAUUCCAAUCUUAAAGAAGGUGAAGCAGCAGUAUAAAAAAUGUAAUCCAUAAAUCCAGCAUCUUCCCCUUUCUUGUGGCACAUCUUUCCCCUCAAAUCCCUAAAGUUUGAGGUUUCUCGAUCACAGUUAUAUAUUAUGGGCUGAAAACAGGAGACUAGAUACAUAAAUACUAAAGAGCCGCCUUGAUCUGAAGUUGCAUGUUACAGUUUGUUACCCUGUUCCCAUUCAUUAACCUCAACAUAUUGUGUGUGCAUGCAUAUAUUGGACACAGUAUAAGCCCCAGUUGCACACUUCAUACAUACUUGCUUUUUAGAGUUGGGCUACAGCUGCAAUCAUUGGUCGCAAACCAAUGGAAAGAACACACCAGAUAGUCAUGUUGCACUAAUGUCAUUCAUUUCAGUAGAGUCCUGUAGCUUCUUUUUGGGCCUCAUUGAAAUGAAUGGUGUGUAUCGUCUUUUUUGUUGGAUUUGUACUUUAUCAUGGUCGCAGUUACCUAUAGCCACUUUAUAAUACUUCAGUUCUCAUACCAACUUCAAAUCUAAACAACUGAGAAUUUGGCCUAAGUAUUCAUUUUUUAGGAAAGACUAUACUGGCUUCUUAUGCAGAAUACAAGACAUUCCAUUCACUUCAAACAAACACCACAUAAAUUUUACAACUCUAGCAAUUAUGUAUGGUAUUACUCACCACAUCAUUGCCUCUCUUACUUUCUUCCCUUGCACAAGAGUCCUGCCUAAAAGUACCAAACGCUGCAAAACACAAGUUCAUAGAGAAUAAUAUAUGUAAAUAUUUGUGCAAAUAAGAGUAUUUGCAUGGCCUGACUACAGAAAAUGUCAUCUAUGUAUAAUGAAUUCCUGAUACAAUCAAAUUCUUGUAUUUUUCUCUCUCUCUAAUCUGCUAUACUGAGGCAGUUGCUCUCAGGGUAUUUGUUACAGAGAUUUUUUUUAAAAAAUCAUGUAAAAUUGUUCUGAAUGCAUUUGCAUUUUGUAAAAACUUUGCAGUGCCAAGUUCUAUAAGAUACUACAUACACUGGGAAGAUAAAACAAAAUUCUUACUAGUUUAUUUUGUAUGCUGUUAAUUUUCCUCUUAACUAUUUUCCUAUAUAGAAUUUAUGUACAAGAUUGAGAAUUCUAGCAUUAAGGGUCAACUUUUAAAAAAAAUGUAUAUUCUGUAGGCUUUAUAUACUGUAAGUAAGAGGAAACCAGAAGGAAUUUUAUGUCCAUAUGUAUUUUUGUACUGGCUUAGAAAUAAAUUUUGAGACAAUUUU